CCUCUCCUUGCACACUCACGACUUCCUACUUCGAACGCGCUUGCGGACUGAGUGUUAGGACCAUGGCGGCAGUACGCAGUCUACUGGUGUCGGUAAAGCCAGACAGCGGUCCAGACCGCUCAGAAUCGGACUCGGAUUCAGACUCGGACCGAGAUGCCCGUGAAUCUGAACCGAUGGAGGUGGAGGAGGGUGAACUCAAGGUGGAAGACAUCCCCGUUAACCGGUCUUUGAAGGAAUUGUUGCCGGACACAAGUCGCCGGUAUGAGAACAAAGCUGGCACAUUCAUCACUGGAAUCGAUGUCACAUCAAAGGAGGCGAUUGAGAGGAAGGAGAAGAGAGCGGAAAGGUUCCACUUCCGUGCAGAGGCCAACCUGGCCCAGAAGAAUGUGGUGUUGGACAGAGACACCAUGAAGAAAGCCAUCCCUAACUUGCGCCUGGAGGCAUUGCACGUGGCGGGUGUUGAUGAUAUGAGCACCCAGGAUGUGUUUGGUUACUUUAAGGAUUACCCUCCAGCACACAUCGAGUGGAUUGACGACACCUCCUGUAAUGUGGUGUGGCUGGAUGAUGUCACUUCCACCCGGGCUCUGAUCAACAUCAGCCGCAUGCCUGACCCAGAGGUGGUUACCACGGAGACAGACCACACCAAAGAACCUGGUGAUCCCACCCAGGAGAGCAAGGCUCGCGGAGAACGAGACUCGGAUGACGAUGAUGAUGAAGAGGGAGAGGUGGAUGAGGAGGAGAAAGAGAUGGUGAAGGAGAAUGAGGGGAAAGCCAGUGAGGGAGAGACUGAGAAGAAAACAGAACCUGAGACCACCCAGGUGGACCUGCUGUCUCAGGCAGAGAGUGAGUCUCUGCUCCGGAACGACCUACGACCAGCCAUCAAACCCUUCAAGGGCAACAAACUCUUCCUGAGGUUGGCCACUCACGGUGAUAAGAAGGAGCUGGGUGCUGCGAGGAAGAGCAGAUAUUACAUGAAGUACGGCAACCCCAACUACGGAGGCAUGAGGGGCAUCCUCAGCAACUCCUGGAAGAGACGGUAUCACACGCGCAGAAUCGUGAGCAAGAGCAAGAAACCCCUCAUAGGGGACAGCAUGGGACACACAUCACCCUAUACACACAGACAUUCUGCUGACCUAGUCAACCUGCCAGAAGAACCAAUAGAGGAAGAAGAGGAGGAAGAGGAGGACAUGGACUCAGACGACAGGGUGGUGGAGUACAAGGAGAAGGGGGAGAGAGGGAGGGAAAGGGAGGGAGGGCGGGGUGCGGGAGGUCCAGGGGUGGCCCUGCGGAGUCGUUUGGGCAGGCCCUCGUCUUCCCCCUCUGUCUCGUCAGACUCAGACGAAAUGGACUAUGACCUGGAGCUCAAGAUGAUCUCAACCCCCUCCCCCAAGAAGAGCAUGAAGAUGACCAUGUACGCAGACGAGGUCGAGACCAACCUCAAGACUAUACGACACUCUUCUGUUCGCAGUGACAGCGGCUCGGGGGGUAGUGGCGUCCGGAACAGGAUCGGUGGUGGAGGAGGAGGAAGUGGAGGAUCGGUGGGAGGGACCAAAAGCAGUGCAGUGGAGAAAGUGAUGGAUGUGAGGCAGCUAUUGGAGGAGAAAAGACAGAGCCAAACCCAGCACAGACAGCGCGCCCCUGUGGCCAGUAGUGGAAAAACGGAUGUGAGGCAGAGGUUAGGGAAGAGACCGUACUCUCCUGAGAGACGACACUCCGCCUCCCCUGUCGCCUCCCGAGACUCACCCCCUCCCCGAGAGCAAAUCACAGACGUGCACAGCCGACUGGGCGUGGCCAAACAAGACGCCCACGGCCUCUACUCUGAUUCGUCCAAAGACGGGAAAUCGAGUCGUCUGUGGAGCAGGCUCGGCCCCUCCUCCCAUAAGGGUGACGUUCCCGAGCGGAAGCCUUCCAGUCGCCGUGCGGGAUCGGGAUCAGCCAGCUCCAGGUUGGGGGGACGGGGGCGGGAAGGAGAAGAGGAAAAUGAGGAGGAGGACGACUCUGCACUGCAGAAGGUGUGGGGGGCCUUGAUCAAACAGAAGGAACAGCAGACCCACACGAUGAAGAAGAGUCGGCUUGACAACCUGCCCUCGCUACAGAUUGAGAUCAGCCGGGAGAGCAGUAACGGAUCUGACUCAGACUCCUGAGAGACCGAGGGGGAGAGAGAAAGAGUGGAAAGUGUGUGUGGAUUUGGUCAUGCCUUCAUCUAGAGCAGAAAGGUGACUAUCCACCCCCGCCCUCUUCUUGAGUUACCUCUCUUUCUCGGUCUCUGGAGGACUCUUUUGAUCCUUGGGCCCCCGUCACUGUGGCCUGGUCCAUUGUACAAACACAAAUAAAAUACUCUUUAUGAAGAGAAACAAGAAAAUAAACUGGACAGAAUUGUAAAAAGA